AUGCCACCAAGUAGCUUACGGGUCGUGUACGCGUUCGCCAGAGAAAUGCAUCCAAAGACGAGUGAUGUUUUUAUAGAAUACGGCACAGCCGGAUUUCGCACAAAAGCCAAUUUGUUGGAGCAUGUGGUGUACCGCAUGGGCCUGUUGGCCGUUAUACGCUCCAGGGUGAAGAAUGGUCGCACAAUAGGUAUUAUGAUCACUGCCUCGCACAAUCUCGAACCCGAUAAUGGAGUGAAGUUGGUUGACCCGGACGGGGAAAUGCUGGAACAGAGCUGGGAGGAGAUAGCCACGAGACUUGCUAAUGUCAGCGACAAUGACUUAGAAUCAACAACGGAGCAGGUGAUAAAACAAGUGAACGCCGACAUGUCCCUCAAGGCGAGCGUGUUCAUCGGUAUGGACACCAGGUACACAAGUCCCCGAUUAGCAGCGGCGGCAGCUAACGGUGUCAUCGCUCUAAAGGGAACUCCCAAAGAGUUCGGCAUCGUUACAACUCCGAUGUUGCAUUUCUGUGUCAAAUGUCGCAACGACAACACUUAUGGAACACCCACUGAAGAAGGUUAUUAUGAAAAAAUUGUGGGCGCUUUCAAGAAGAUCCGACAGAAGUUGACCGUGUGUGGCGAUUAUAACACCACGCUAUACAUCGACGGGGCUAACGGAGUCGGCGGGAAGAAACUCAACAUUAUCAAGAAGACUUUGGACGGCGAACUUGAUCUGCAGUUGUUUAAUAUAGGAGGAAAUGGAGGGAAACUCAAUUUGAAUUGUGGAGCAGACUUCGUGAAAGUAUCCCAGAAGGCUCCGGUAGGAAUCGAACAUGUUCCAUUCCAGCGCGUGGCAUCCCUCGACGGAGACGGCGAUAGGCUCGUCUAUUAUUAUAUCGAUGACAAAAACAAUAUGAAUUUAUUAGACGGUGACCGCAUUGCGACGUUGCUGGCCUCGUACAUAGCGGAGCUGUUGCGUGCUUGCGAAGCUUCGUCGGACUUGCAGAUAGGGCUCGUACAGACCGCGUAUGCCAACGGCGCUUCUACGAAGUACAUCACUGAAGAUCUGAAAGUUCCAGUGUCGUGUGUGAAGACGGGCGUGAAGCACUUGCACCACGCGGCGCUGUCCUACGACAUCGGCGUGUACUUCGAGGCCAACGGCCACGGGACUGUGGUCUACAGCACCAAGGCCAAGGAAGUUAUCGCGAAGGUUGCACAAGAGGGAGAACCCGAACAACGCAAAGCUGCCCAACUGCUACAAAACUUCAUAGACAUGACGAACGAGACAGUCGGUGACGCCAUAUCCGACCUGUUCCUGGUGGAGACAGUUCUGUGUGCGCGAGGACACGGCGUCAAGCAGUGGAUGAGCUCCUACACAGACUUGCCCUGUCGACAACUUAAAGUUACUGUUCAGGACCGUAAUGCGAUAUCAACAACAGACGCCGAACGUCAGUGCACGGCCCCAGAGGGCCUACAGACACGCAUCGACGAGCUGGUGCGGCCCUACAGCUGUGGCAGGGCCUUCGUGCGGCCUUCCGGCACCGAGGACGUCGUCAGGGUCUACGCCGAGGCCGACACGCAGCUGUCAGCAGACAAGCUAGCGGCUGAAGUAGCUCAAGCGGUAUAUGACCUGGCGGGCGGGGUGGGGGCCCGGCCUGAACUGCCCGCCUAG